CAGUUCUCUGUGUCACCUCUGGUUUUGUUUAAAUCCAUGUUUUCUCAUAAUUACGUGAUAAUUACCAUUACCUAAAAAUAGAAGGGUUUAUCUCUGCCUAAAAAUGACUGCUAAACCAACCAAAAGAGUGAUGUUUUCCGAGGCACAUUGCCACAGUUUGGUAGAUAUCGUUCUGAGAUACAAAAAUAUUGUUGAGUGCAAGAGGACAGACGCCGUAACGUGGAAACAAAAGGCAGCAGCUUGGGAGAAAAUUGCAGAGCUAUACAACUCUGCCACAACCGAAUCACAAACAGCUGAUCAACUCAGGUGUAAAUUUGAUAAUUUGAAAAAAGAAGUACGCAAGUAUGAAGCUCAGAGGAGGCAAACUUUGUGGUGGUGCUGAUGAGAGAAAUCUGAAGAAAGCCGUGAUUAUGCUUUACGAGAAAAUUAAAAGUAUUAUUGGCUUAUCAGUGCAUGGAUUGCAGCCAUCUGUGGGUGACCGCAAUGAUGCUUCAUUUGAAAAUAAAGAAGAAGCGGCAUCUGUUUGUAUGGAGGAGACAAAUAAAAAUACAGAAAAUCUACAUGAAGAGGAUGUUGAUCUUGCAUCAAUGUCUAUAGUGUUAAAUGAAGAUUCCGAAAGCAACACAGAAGCUUUAGAACAGACAUGUGAGUUACAAACACCGGCUGUACCAGUACCACAGCAAUCCCCUCUGGCAGUUAAAGUGAUACAUAAUAGGUGCUUAAUAUAUACUCAGUGCAAUGUAGUAUAUAUAUGUAUUUAUUUUAGAUUGGUCUGAUUACACACCAAGACACUUACAAUCAAGGAAACACAGAGUCCUUCAAGGAAAACGAAAAAGGAUUGAAGAACAGUCAUCGAAAGAGGGCCUAACAUCUCUAAAAAGGAAGUUGUUAGAUGAAGAAGCUGCAAGAAACAAAGAACACCAUGAACAAAAAAUGAAAAAUGAGCAGGAACUACACGAGUUGAAAGCUAAAAACUUGCAGCUCCAAAAUAAAAAAUUAGAAUAUGAAAUUUUACUCUUGCAGAAACAAA